AUGUCUUCCGACGGAACUCAAGGCCCUGUCAUCAUAGAAGGCAUCAAGGCCCCAUACGAAGGCAAUGAGCCACCCAUGCGGCUGGAACUGCGUGACAUGAUCAAAGACUAUCCCGAUCAAUGGAAUCUGUAUCUUCUAGCACUGGAGCGGUUCCAAGCUGUCCCCGAGGAUCAGCCGCUUUCUUAUUUCCAGAUUGCUGGUACGUCAGAGACUCCCUUCCCACGCACGUCGGGUCUCAAAAAGGCUCACAAUGAGCUCUACAAGCAUGCCGAAUACAUCGCCAAAGAGUUUGAGAAGGAGGGGAAGACGCAGUAUGUCAAGGCCCUCAAGACCUUCCGGAUGCCAUACUGGGAUUGGGCGCGGCCUGAGCUUCCCUUGUUUCCGAAAGAGGCGCUCUCCGGGGAGCCACAGAAGGUGGAGAGACCCAAGAGCCAGAAGGGAAACACGGAAAAGUUCCCUGCCGAGAUCAAACCCCUAGCCAGAUACAUGUUUGGGGAGUAUUCCAAGGCUCAUCAUAAGGACGAUAGGUUUAAAGGAGUCAUCAAGGAUGGCGUCAAACUUGAAGAAGCGAGAACCGUGCGGACCUUUGGUAAUAUCAACGACAAAGUAGCUAGGGACGCAGCCAUCAGGCAAUUUACCGAACCGGCACGAGGAGUCAAGGGGAUGAACAUUUCUGAGCGAAUCCUGUUUCUUCUUCAGGGCUAUGAAGACUUUGGAGCCGUGUCAAACAACGGCGAGUUCGGUUCUCCUAAGAGUCAAUUCGGCAAUUGGGGUAGCAUCGAGGAUGUUCACAAUGCUGUUCACGACUACAUUGGAGGGGAUUACAUGGGUGAGGCGGCGUGGUCUGCUUUUGACCCCAUCUUUUGGCUUCACCAUACCAAUAUCGAUCGUCUCUUCGCCAUCUGGCAAGUAUGCAACCCUAAACAAUAUGUCACGCCGCAAGAGUCUCUAGAGAACACCGUGGUUCGGGCAAAAGGGUCGCCAGAGCAUGCGGAUAGCCCUUUGACCCCAUUCGCGCGCUCAGUUGCCGCGGACGGUACGCAGGAGUUCUGGACGUCAGCUCAAGUGAGAGACACAAAAGUCUUUGGCUACAUCUACCCGGAGACUCAGAGCGUUUUCAACACCAAGAAGCUCAUCAUGAACGAGGUCGACCGGCUGUACCUGAAGCGGGCCUCCUUUGCCAACAUUCUACGAAGUCAGCCGCGUGACGUCGAGACGUUGCAAAAGCUCCAGGAACGCGCAAAGGUGCAUCUCAAGUCUGCCAGCGGCGGUGAACCUGAGCUCCCACCGGGCCGUGAUAUCCAGAACCUGGCAGUCGGGGGCAAGUACCUCGAAUGGCUCGUCAACAUCAGGGCUGAGAAGGCCGAGCUGAACGGCAACUACAUUGUCAACAUCUUCCUCGGCGAUCCUGACAGCGGCACACUUCCUCUCUUGUACGUGAAGGACCAUGCCCAUGUCGGGUCAUUCGCCACAUUCGGCCAGGACGAAAACAGCGCAUGUGAAAACUGCCAGAAAGGGCGCGCGGAGAGGCAGAAGAUCACCGGUCAAAUUCCCCUGACUAUUGCCCUGGUUGAGCGGUACUUGGCUGGUCAAGUCGACAGUCUCAAACAUGAGGACGUGGUUAAAUACCUCAAGGCGAACCUUCGAUGGAAAAUCACACUUCUCAACGGGGACCUGAAGUCUCCUGAAGAGAUAAACAACCUCCUCGUCUGUGUUGUGUCCAACGAGGUCACUUUCGAAGCCAACAAGCCAGAGGAGAUUCCGGUGUACUCGGACGUGGUUACUUCUUACCCGGAAAUCACCCACCAAAUUCCUGAAACUUUCGGCACUGGGUACGAUGGCAGCAACUUCUAG